AUGAGUCAAUCCAACUCAGCUCCAUCUUUAGAAGCUGUGGCGCUGAGCGAGCCCCACGCAUCACACAAGUCAGCUGACUCGAGCGCGAGCAUGCCGGGCUUCUCCGUGGAACGCGAUUUCGAAUUCAAGAUCAAGACCAUCAUCGGCACUUCGGCCCGCAACAGCCAGCAAUUGGCAGUUCAAGAUGACCUCGUGGCAGCUACUGCCAGCGGUGGCAUUGUCGUUAGCAAGAUCGACACGCAGCACAACAGCGUCCUCAAGCAGCGGUUCUUUUGCGCCAAUGUCAGCUAUCACAACGAUGAGAGCUCGUCGUGGUCGUCGACGCCGCGUGUUUCUGGGGCGGAUGCAUAUUUGAAAAUGUAUGAAAAAUCGUGCCUUGGCCAAUUCAGUCUGGAAGAUGCACGGGAUGCGUUUGGAUACCAAAUCAGCAACAACGCCAGCGAGGUCUACGGCAACUCCUUCGUUAGCAACGAGAAAGACGAGUUUUUUUUAGCUGGCACGGGGGGCUCGGGCACCUCCACCACCGCUACGUCGUCAUCAUCACCAUCGAAGCUCAAGGACAAAGUUCGGUCGAUAAGUUGCGUGGCGAUAUCUCCCAACAAGAAAUUGCUCGCCGUGGGCGAAUCCGGCUACCAGCCCCGCGUGCUCAUUUUUUCACUAGCUCCGAAUUCCCAGGAUUGCCCCAUCAUGAUCAUACACGAACACUCGUUUGGAGUGCAUGCAUUAUCGUUUUCGCCAGACUCGAGAUUCUUGUGCUCCUUGGGGGUAGUCAAUGACGGAUGUAUUAAUGUGUGGAAGUUGGGGAUCAAUAGCGCCGCGCUUCUGGCUAGUAAUCGACUAUCCAACAUCGUGCACAAGAUGAUUUGGCAUCAGGAUUUGAUCAUCACGCUUGGGUUGAGAUUUAUCAAGAUUUGGAAUUUCGACACUAGCGCAGUCGCUACCACCAUCACCGCCAACACUGCCGCCGCCAACACUGCCACCAAUACCACUGCCGCCGGCCACAGAUCGAUAGUGCUAAGGGGGAAAAACGUCCACUUGGGCCCCUUGAUGAACUCCAACUUUGUCGACGCCAGCAUGUUGAAUGAAGACGAAAUGUUAAUCGUAGCCAACUACAACCAGUUGCUAUUGCUCCUGCUAAAUUUCGAAACUCCAAGAAUCACGCCGUUGGAGCCCCGGAUCUCCAAAGUCGGUGCGUUUGCAGUCGAUCACGACGCCGGGUUGAUUUGGCUUGAAGAUGGAGAUGGAGACAACAACAAAGUGGAGUCAUUACCCGUGGAACUGCUCAAAACGGUUGAGUUGUCUCAGAUUAACGUGCCAUCCCCGACAAGGUCGCCCAUUCGAGCACAUCUGCAGUUGAACGAGGUGUUUGGAGGCGGAGGAGGAGGAGGAGGAGGAGGAGUAGCCUGUCAUGAUCAAAGUCUGGACCAUGCUGGUGGUCGACUGGUGGUGGUGAAGAUAUGCGUGUUUACCCCAACGCAUCUUAUAUGUCUAAAGAACAACGACACUAUAUGCUUUUACAACAAGGCAAAACACGAGAUGGACCAAGUGCUAACUCGAGCCGUCAUUAGUAACAUUGCAGGGGUCAAGAGGACCUGUACAAAUGAGUAUUUGGUGUUUUCAAACAAUGGCAAAAUCGAACAGUUUUCGUCCGAUUUGACCAGCAGCCUCAAGCCGUUGCUUGAUUUUAAAGUCCCCGGGACGGGAAUCAUCCAAAACACACUCACGGCAGUGGAGAAAUUGGCUCAGGAUACAUAUGCCUUGGGCGACAAGUACGGAUCCGUAUAUGUGGUGCAAAGAACGGAGACCAACUCGCCUGCAAGGUAUGAGAUUGUCUACCAAGUGCAAGCGCAUGUUACAGCGGUCAAUGACGUUAUAUUUUUCUAUUCUCAAGAUCAAGAUUUCGUUUGCAGCAUAUCGCGAGAUCGAAUGAUACAAUUGUUUACUAGAGAAGCAGACCAAAAAUGGAGUUUGUGGCAGACUCUUUCCACGCACAACGGCAACUUGCUCAAGGCACUCUACCAGGAUGACCGGUUGUAUGUGUGUUCCAGCGACAGGUCAAUCUCGGUCCACACAUUCUCAAGAGAUGCAAACUCUAGCUUGAGUUUGAACAGGACAAAACUCAUUUCCCUAAGGUCAACGCCCACUGCCAUGGCCCUCUUUGACAGCGACUUGGUGGUGUCAACUGCCGAUAAGCAGAUUCUUAUCUUUGACAUUGCGAGCUUUGAGUUGAAGAGGUCGUUGAAGCUCAUCAAUGAGAAAUUAAACGAAAGUCUCAUGGUGGCGUCGUUUGUCAAGUAUCGCCAUUUACUCAUUGUCUGGUCUAAUGAUAAAUCGAUCCGCUCGUUUAAUUACGUCACUGGCAGACCCGUGGGCGUCACCUGGGGCCAUCUGGACUCACUCCUUGGCUUGCUUUUGCGAGUGCAAGAAGAUGAUGCGGAAGCUGAAGCUCAGGCUGAAUUGAUUUCAAUAAGCAACGACGGAUGCUUGUUUUCAUGGUCCAUUGUCGAGUCUUCAGCUGCCGCAGCUUCAGCGUCACCUGAAUCUUCGAGUAUCGAAAGAUCGAGCGCGAAUAGCCGUCAAGAGGAAAACACGUUGGUACUUUCCCACGCCAAAGUCACCCGCAAGAUCUUACCUACAGUAAUUGCAUCAUCAUCAUUAUCAUUAUCAUUAUCACCAUCGUCGUCGUCGUCAUCGUCAUUGCAGUCCCCAGUGAGAUCCUCACUCAAGGAAAGACUAAUGCAAGCUGCUGAAAAGAAUUCAAAUUCAAAUUCAAAUUCGCAUGCUUGCUCAGCAUCACCUCCAAAGCUAACAGCAGCCACGCAGAAAAGGCUUGAAAUGAAAAACGCCGCCAUUACCAAUAAUACCACGACGAUCGACUCACCUCCAAGAUCAAAGAGACACUCCAUGUCUCCCACUCCCAACAUCGCCAAAUCUCCAUCCCCGAUAAGAGCAAUGUUGCCUGUGCUCGACAAGUCGUCACACAUUGCAGGAAUCUCCAAACUCAACACGCCAUUGAGGUCACCGCUGCCGCUGCCACGUCCAAAACUGGUGGAGCCAGUAGCGGUGGUGUCGAAACCGCCCCACAUGAGACCAUACGUGCAUUUGAACAACACCACUUCGCGGCCCGCGAGUCGCAAUUCCAAUAGCCCCACGCGAUCUAAAAAUGUGGCAGCAGCUGGAGCAGCGGGAGCAGCAGCAACAUAUUUUGGAACUUCCAUGGCUCAUCUUGUCACAUUGCAGUCUCGAUUAGACCUAUUUCUGGUGGAUGAAAAACGAGCCGUGCUAGCUAAGCUUGAUGAGAUCCGAAGUGUUCUAAGCGACGAGGAGCUGGUUUUGGAAACGUAUAGUGAUAAGCUUGUAGCUUUGGUUGAGCGCAAAUUGAACCUCAACGGAGAAAACGAAUGA